AGGAAGAAAAGACAACAAGAUGGCUGCGGAUCACGGGCUGAAAAGAAUAGUUUGGAAAAAAAUACAAGACACCAUUAUUGCAGACUGCAGAAAAUCGGAAGUAUGGAAGAUAUUGAUUCUGGACCCCUUCACCACCAAGCUCCUCUCGUCUUGCUGCAAAAUGUCAGAUCUGAUGUCAGAGAAAAUAACAAUCGUGGAAGACCUGUACAAAAGCAGAGAGCCUGUUCUUGAAAUGAAGGCCAUUUACUUCAUGACACCAACCUCCCAGUGUGUGGAGGCCUUGAUAGCUGACUUCAAGAAAAAACCCAAAUACAAAGCAGCAUAUGUUUAUUUUACUGACUACUGCUCUGAUGAGUUGUUCAACAACAUGAAGCUCUACUGUGGAAAAUACAUACGUGUCUGCAAGGAAAUUAACAUCUCAUUCAUGCCACAAGAGGCACAAGUGUUCACGUUUGAUAAUCCGGGGGCUUUCAGGAGCGUCUACAGUCCUCACAGUCAGGACAAAAAGAAGACACUGGAGACACUUGCAGACCAGCUCGUCACACUCUGCGCCACGUUGGACGAGUACCCAGGGGUCAGAUACAAGAAAGACAUGGAGAACGCCAAAACUCUUGCAGAGCUGGUGGACAACAAGCUGGCCAGACACUAUGAGCUGGAAGACAGCGGUAAGAAGAAGGGAAAGACCCAGGCCCAGCUGCUGAUAGUAGAAAGAGGAUUUGACCCUGUAAGCCCAAUCCUACAUGAGCUCACCUACCAGGCCAUGUCCUACGACCUCAUUGAUAUCCAUAACGACACCUACAAGUACAAGUCCAAGGACGGCUCGGAGAAGCAGGCCCUGCUGAACGAGGGGGACAUGCUCUGGGUGAAGCUCCGGCACAAGCACAUCGCUGAGGUCUCAGAACAAAUACCCAAGAUGGUGAAGGAAAUAUCUGCUAGCAAGAAAGAACCAGACAGGAAGAUCACAAUCAGUAAUUUAGCCCAAAUGAUGAAGAAGAUGCCUUCGUUCCGUAAACAGCUGACUGAGAAAACUAUUCAUCUGCAGUUGGCUGAAGACUGCAUGAAACGUUUCUCAAAUGACGUAGAGAAACUCUGCAAAGCUGAACAGGACCUCGCUGUAGGUUUAGAUGUAGAUGGAAUAAAGGUGAAAGAUCCAAUGAGGACUCUGCUGCCAGUGCUGCUCAACCCAUACAGCACCCACGACAAGAUCCGAGCUGUGCUGCUCUACAUCUUCAGCCUCAACGGAACAACGGAUGAGAACUUGAGCAAACUUAUCCAGCACGUUAAGAUCGAGGACGAACGAGAGUUUAUACUGAACUGGAAAGAAUUGGGUGUCCCUAUUAUCACUUCGCCUAGUUUCUUCUCUCGCAAACCAUCCCGAAGAGAUCGGACCCAGGAGGAAAAGUACAACCUUUCAAGAUGGACUCCAGUCGUAAAAGAUGUGAUGGAGGAUGCGGUGGAGAACAAACUGGACACCAGAGAAUGGCCACACCAGUCCGAGUGUCCUGCUGCCUGGAAUGGCUCCGGGGCCGUCAGCGCCCGUCAGAAACACAAGCCCAGCGCUCAGGACGAGCGGCGAACAGGCUCUCGCCUCAUCAUCUUCGUCAUCGGUGGAAUCGGUUACUCCGAGAUGCGCUGCGCCUACGAGGUCACGCAGGCAGUGAAGUCCUGUGAGGUCAUCAUAGGGUCUUCCCACAUUCUGACCCCCACCGGUCUUUUGGACAACAUCAAGGCUCUGAGUAAAGGCCCGAUGGAAACCUUUACGAUAGAAGAGAGGAGCAACGCCUGAGACCUCUGGCCCUACACGCAACAGCCCUCCAAGCCCCCCCAUUCUCCCGCAUCUCACAUCACUCGGCACACUGCACUCAACUCACCUAUGUAUGGAAAACUGAAGGGAAUUUACCGUAUACUCAUCUUUAUAUCUUUUCAUACCUAAUGCACAUUUCUAAUAUUUGGUAUGAGAAGGGCACUCGCUUUUAACUCGCUCACUUCAUGGCAGAUUUACUUCUUGAAUCGCUAAGAAUAAAGCCAGCUUAUGCCAUGUAUAACUUUGUAAUGAGAUUUGAUAGUAUAGAUUCUAUCAAGAGUCAGUUGACCUCAUUGUGUUGAGAACAUUUUAUGUAAAAUCAAAUAACUAACAUGCCUUUAUGCUUUUGCCUUUAUUUUUUUAAGAAUGAUUCCUGUGAGGUUACAUGCUCAAUGGCCUCUGAGACAUGUUCAGAGAGAAAUAUGAUGAGGAAAAAAGCACAAACUUAUGUAAAUAGUGUAUGUAUGCACUGAUCCUUUCUAUGCCGUUUAGACUUUACUUUUCACGACUGUUUAUAAACACUGUGGAAAAUUCAAGUGUUUUAGCAAAGUAUUUACAUUUUUCUUGAAAUGAGCAACUGACUAAUAAACGGAUGAAGUGGUUCAGAUCUUUAAAACAC